GAUAGGCUAGAUAGUUAGCUCUUCUCUGGUCAGAAACACUUUGCUACGAUAGGCUAGGUAGUUAGCUCUUCUCUGGUCAGAGACACUAUGCUACAAUAGGCUAGGUAGUUAGCCCUUCUCUGGUCAGAGACACUACGAUAGGCUAGAUAGUUAGCUCUUCUCUGGUCUUAAACACUAUGCUACGAUAGGCUAGGUAGUUAGCCCUUCUCUGGUCAGAAACACUAUGCUACAAUAGGCUAGAUAGUUAGCUCUUCUCUGGUCAGAAACACUAUGCUACGAUAGGCUAGGUAGUUAGCCCCUCUCUGGUAGAGAGUCUGACAGAGUUGGUGGAAACGGUAGAGAAGUAGGGAGACAGAGGUAGAGAGACAGAGAGAGGUAGAGGUAGAGAGUAGAGGUAGAGACUGACGGAUAAAUAGUGGUAGAGGUAGGUAGAGAGACAGAGAGAGGUAGAGGUAGAGAGUAGAGGUAGAGACUGACGGAUAAAUAGUGGUAGAGGUAGGUAGAGAGACAGAGAGAGGUAGAGGUAGAGAGUAGAGGUAGAGACUGACGGAUAAAUAGUGGUAGAGGUAGAGAGUAGAGGUAGAGACUGACGGAUAAAUAGUGGUAGAGGUAGAGAGUAGAGGUAGAGACUGACGGAUAAAUAGUGGUAGAGGUAGAGAGUAGAGGUAGAGACUGACGGAUAAAUAGUGGUAGAGGUAGGUAGAGAGACAGAGAGAGGUAGAGGUAGAGAGUAGAGGUAGAGACUGACGGAUAAAUAGUGGUAGAGGUAGGUAGAGAGAGAUACAGGGAGUUUGAGAGACAUCCCAUGUGUUCAGGAUGCCCUGGAGGCUCCACUGAGGUGGUGGGACUCUGAUGACCACCCCUGAUGACCACCCCUGAUGACCACCCCUGAUGACCACCCCUGAUGACCACCCCUGAUGACCACCCCUGACACACGCUAGCUGCUGGGGUGUGGAUGGUGGGAGGCCUGUGUGUUCGGGGGAUAGGCCACUCUCGGGCCCUGAUGUGGCACCACAUCCUGGGGCUGCUGAGGGUCUGUCGUCAGGGCGAGGGAUACCUAGCCCCAGGGACAGAAGAUGGAGACCAUGACAACAGAGACCAUGACAAAAGGGACAAUGACGAUGGGGGUCAUGGUGACGGGGACCAGGAUGCAGUGUUCUCCCAGCCCAUGGGAUCAGAGCAUAUGGAGAUGCGAAAGCGGCAGAUGUCGGUGCAGCAGGAGUCGAUGGCGGGAGGCACGGCACUGACCCAGCAGGACCCUAACCAGAGCCAGAACCAGGGGAACCAGAGCCAGGUGAACCAGAGCCAGGUGAACCAGAACCAGGUGAACCAGAGCCAGGUGAACCAGAACCAGGGGAACCAGAGCCAGGUGAACCAGAGAGGGAACAACGCCUGUUGCUUCUGCUGGUGCUGCUGCUGCAGCUGUUCCUGGAACGAGGAGCGUGAGGAGAGGAACCGGCGGGCGUCCUACGACCUCAAGGCUGAGGGAACGGCCGACUGCGAGGACAGGCCCCCGCCCACUCUGGAGGAGGUCCGUUCCUGGGCCCAGUCGUUUGACCGGCUGAUGUCGUGCGCUGCGGGCCGAGUGGCGUUUAGGCUGUUCCUGUGUACGGAGUUUAGUGAGGAGAACAUGUUGUUCUGGCUAGCUUGUGAGGAGUUCACCAAGGAAACCAACAAGACCUCCAUUGAGGAGAAGGCACGGGUCAUCUACGAGGAUUACAUCUCCAUCCUCUCACCCAAAGAGGUGAGCCUGGACUCACGUGUUCGGGAGGUGAUCAAUAAGAAUAUGUUGGAGCCGUCGUCCCAGACCUUCGUUGAUGCUCAGGUGCAGAUCUACACGCUGAUGCAAAGAGACUCCUACCCCCGAUACAUGAACUCCCCUGCCUACAUGAACUUGCUCAACUCCCUCUCAGAGCAGGCCCCCGAGUCCUAACUCAGCACUCUCAGAGCAGGCCCCCCCGAGUCCUAACUCAGCACUCUCAGAGCAGCCCCCCCGAGUCCUAACUCAGCACUCUCA